AUGGCCCAGGAAGCAGGCGCGCAGCGGCUCCCGGAGGAGGCCCGUGGCGCCGGAGCCGCGCUCUGCCCGCAGCACGCUCUGGCGCGGGACUGGUUCUGCCGCGGCGGGAGGCGGCCGGCGUGCGCUCGCUGCCUGACGUGCCCGGGCGGCUGCCGGGAGCACCGCCUGCGCCCGCUGGCCGAGGAGGCCGCCGACAGGAGGAACAAGAUUGUGGACCAGUGUGAAAAGCUUCAGCUGCAGAGAGCCACAAUUGCCAAAUUUGUGGGGGAGCUGCUGCCAAGGAAGAAACAGCACGUUGUGGCUGUGGCGAGCAGUGCCCGGGAGGUCCUCAUCCAGCGCCUGAACCUGGUCAAGAGCGUGUGCGAGAGCGAGGAACAGCGGCUGCUGGAGGCAGUCCACGCAGAGGAGGAGCGGGCCCAGCAGAACCUCUCGACCCAGCAGGUCCACUGGAAUGACUCCCUGGGGAAACUGGACUCCCUCCAUAGCUUCCUGGUGGCCAUGAUCACUGCCCCGGAUGACUGCACCCUUGUGCAGGCAGAGGAGGAAAUAUAUGAGAGGGCAGAAGAAGCAGAGGGCAUCCUGAAGCCACAGGAUUCAGAGAAGUUGAACUUUAAUUCGCGGUGCGUCCAGAGUCCAUUGCUGAACCGGUUGUGGGCCUCAGCUGUUCUGUGUGUGGCCUCAGAUGAAGUCCUCAUGGACGAAAAGACCAUCAGUCCUCUCUUGGUGCUCUCAGAGGACAAGAAGACUUUGACCUUCAGUCCCGGGAAAACCAGGGCCAAUCUGGAUGGCCCUGAGCGGUUUGACCAUUGGCCCAAUGGCUUGGCGGAGGAAUCCUUUUGUGCCGGCGUCCAUGCCUGGAAAAUCAGUGUGGCCAAAAGCUGUGCUUACAAGGUGGGGGUCGCAUACCCUUCGGUGCAGCGCAAGGGCUCAGGCCCUCAGGCCCGCCUGGGCUGCAACCUGUCCUCCUGGGUGUUCUCCCGCUACGAUAAGGAGUUCCAGUUUUCGCACAACAACCACCACCAGGCAGUACAUCUACUCAAGUGCCCCCUGGAAAUUGGGGUCCUGGUUGACUUGGAUGCAGGACAGCUUCUGUUUUAUGACCCUGAAUCCUGCACUAUUCUCUACACGCACCACGAAACUUUCACCGGGCCUGUCUACCCAGCCUUGGCUGUGGCGGAUCAAAGCAUUUCUCUGGUGAGUUGCGACUGAGGCUGUGCCAGGGCACCUUUCCCACUGCUGUGAGGCUGGGAUUCCCUGACAUGCACAGGGCUGGCCCAUCCUGUUGAAAUCAUGGCUGCCUGCCAUUCCGCUCGCCCUUCCUUGUGGCUUUUACCACAAGCCUGUACCUGAUGGGUUGGAACCCCUCCUGAAUCUGCAGCCGUCCUCUCCUAGGGGUAAGACAUCUUGCUCAGGUAUGGUCGGCGGAAUGGGCCUGUGCGGGUGAGUGCUGGGAGAGGAAGGGUUCCACUUUGUAUUAGUUGAACUGCCCCCACUGUAUGCCAUCAGUGGCUGUGGCUGUGCAGAGACUUGCAAGGGCUGCUCCCUGGCAUAUUGAGCGAUACAGCUGCAAGUCUGCCAAAGCAUGAUUGUCCUUUCUAUGUACUCCCCCAGCUGGCACCAAAACAUUAAUUCCUGUACACAAGAAAAUUUGGAUUCUGCAAGCUCUAUGCAAAAAGAGGAAGUAGGCACAGAAUUGCUUGUUAUUUUGCCAAAAGUUGGAAUCUUUAUUUCAUAUAAUUUAUUCUAGCUUUUCUAAUCAUUAGGAGAGGCCAAGAGUCCCACUCCUAACCACUGAAAAUUUACACAGCCUCUGAGAGCUCACAUCCGUUACCCACAAAUUUCCAAGCAUAUGUUUGCAGCCAUGAGUACUAGAAACUUUUUAAAAUUAUUCUUACGAA